CUGGUAUAUGUCCUCACACCCCCCUUCAUCGGCAGAUGCUCACUCCCCCCGUCUUGUUGCUCAUGCUCCCACCUCUUUUUCCCUUCUUCAGCUUGUAUCUUGUUCCCCUCCGUCACAUCUUAUUACUACUUUCGAAUAGUUCAAGAACGGGAAUAAGCUGUGAACACAAGAAAUGAGGCGUGCAGAUAUCGUCAUUCCUACCGCCACAUUCUUUUUACGUUGCGUUGUAAGGCAAGGUUGCCUUUCAAAUCUCUAGAACUUGCCUUGUCCUGCCAUUUUGCACUCCCGGGCCCAUCUUCAGCCCUCCUCCCCCUUCUGUACCGUACCCUACCAGCUGCUAGCCCAGUUCAGACUCCCCCCUACGCUCCACCCCCGUAGGCGUACCUACAGGGGUUGUCGACAGCGCUUGCCGACGCCAGGAACAGUGAGUGUAACAGCGCCAGAGCAUCAACGUCAACGCUGGAUCUCCCAUUAACCUGAGGUGCUUGAUGCGUAAGGUGCAGAUUGAACUUAACCGCUUUGCCUCCCACCUUCCUUUUCCCAUCCGAUUCUUCAAUACCACAUCCCGCACGUUGGUUCUUCAUAUUGGAUCUGUUUUCUUCUACUUUUUUUUUCAUUCUUCUCUUCUAUCUACAACCAAUAAAUAUAUACUCCCAAAUAAACAACAGCAUUCCUCCAGUUUCAAACAGCAUCCCCGAUACGCUCUGUCAUUCGUCGACCUUUUUUUGCUCCGGCAUUGGCGGACGCGGACCCAGCUGCACCAGGUUCUGCAGAGCACCUAUUGUGUCUUGGACUGACCAGACGGAUACCCCGAAGCCAUCAUCGCCACCACACAACCACCCCGUAACACCCUAGCACCAACAACAUCGCUUGUUUAUUUCGGCCGGAUCUUCAAAGUAAAAAAAAAAAAGGAGGCCGCAAACGGGGAAGAAAAGAGGUCAUCAACAGUUUAACCGAGAAACCGUUACCUUCUCGACAACCGUCUAUUCUAUGACGGAUUAGUCUCGGGCCUAUGUCAUCCUAGCUUCAGCCUCCCUUAACUUCAGCUGCCAUUGUCUUGCCUCUGCUCCAUCUUCAGCUAGAGUCAUCCCAACUGCCAAGCUUCCCAAUUUCACAACAGCAACAUGGCCUUUCCUCCUCAAUAUAGAGAACCUGCUCCGGGUCUCCCGAGCAUUAUAGUCCCUACCUCAGGCGACCGUUUCCGAAUCCACGCGAGUCAUCACCACGAAUUGCCUUUUAGUGGGAGUCCUGCCAUGUCAAUACCCGGCAUGCCACCAAGAGACGACGUUCCUCCACCACUACCUCCUCCUCGAUAUCCCGGCUUCGAUCAACCUAGUGCUUUGGCUGAAAGUAUGAGGGAAAAACGGGAAUAUGCUCAUGGCUCUUUUGCAAGUGGUUACGGAAGCAUGAACUCAUCAUAUCAUGAAGAUCGCCCGAGCUACCAGCGAAGAAGCAACACAGGCGCCUUCGGCGACCGAGAUGAAGGUUAUGCUAGUUACUCAUCUACAGAUAGGUCCCGAGAAUCUGCUCCCAGUGGCUUUGGCCGCCUACACAACCAGUUCCAAUUCCAGUCCCCUGCCGACAUACAUGGGGAUACCCUCAAGAAGAAGCUUGACCAAACUCGUCCUUUGGAAAAGUCACCACCUCGAUCACUUCUUAGCUCAUCAGCCAACGAUCUCCUCUCACGAAGACCUUCAGCGGAAGGUCGAUUCCCUCCAGCCCUCAGUGUUCCAGUACAAGUACAGCUUCCCAUCCACUCCCGAGGCAUUCUAGGAUCUCCCGCAAGGUUGACCGACACACCAAUCCACUCCGCCAUCUCUCCACGAAGCACACCCUUUUAUCAUGGUGAUAGAUCACCAAAUGAUAGCUCAGAUAUCGAUCGUUCACCUCGAACACGAACAAAGAGGAAUAACAGCGACGAUGCCACUUCAACAAAUAGCUAUGACUUCACUGGAGCAGAGGAUAUGGAGAUGGAAGAUGGACAAUCACUCAAGCGACUACACAUUGAUGAUGCUUAUGUGCCAGGCGGUCAAAAGAGACGGGCGGCCAGUCCUAAUGAUGAGCACAUGCUUGGCAUGCCAGAUAUGUCUCGACGCCGUGACAUGAGCUCACGCGGAUCUCCUCAAGGUCGAUACACCUCGCUUCCUCGAGGUGCUACUAUGCCUUCAGUCUCAACUUCACGAUCCAACUCAUACAUCUCCAACAUGUCAAUGUCCAUGCACCCUGCUGGUCUUGCGACUGCCAAUUCGUUCGGUCGACGCUCACCUGUGGGCCCCUCUCCCGGUGGCAUCUCACCUACAUCUUGCAAUUCACCUUACACAGCUCCCGUAUCACUCAACCCAAGCCCUCGAACCUCCAUCUCUGGCCGGGGAUCAAUUCACUCUAGGACCGUUUCGGGUGCCAGCACACGUAAGAUCACUGAGGUGCAGAAGCCUGGCGGAACUAAAGUGCAAGGCUUCUUCAUGUGCGAGUGUUGCCCCAAGAAGCCCAAGAGGUUCGAGACGAUUGAGGAACUCAAGUAAGUCAGAUUUCACAAUCAGCAGCCCCACUUCAGAUGAGGCUGCGUGAGAUUAUAGGACUCGUCGUUUAUGUUUCAAUGCUAACCAACAACUAGCGCUCACGAGGCUGAAAAGCAAUACGAGUGUUCGUUCUGCGGCAAUCGUUUCAAGAACAAGAACGAGGCAGAGCGCCACCAGAACUCACUCCACGUGCGCCGUCAUUCAUGGUCAUGCUCAGCUCUCUCCGGAUACGAUAGGGCUUUCCACGAUUCUACUAACAGACCUGGCGAAGCUGACACCUGCGGGUACUGCGGCGAUGAAUUCCCACGAUCUGGACGUGGCCCUGGUACAGGUGCCUUGAGUGGUGGUAAUGCGCCUUGGCACGCCACGGACCAGGACUGGGAUGAGCGUAUCAGGCACCUGCAGGAAGUGCACAAGUUCCGAGAGUGCAACUCGUCCAAAAAGUUCUUCAGAGCGGAUCACUUCAGACAGCAUCUCAAGCACAGCCACGCGGGCACCAGUGGAAAGUGGACCAACAUGCUGGAGAAUGCCUGUAUGUUGGAAGAAGACCCAACUCCCCGGUAAAUCGACACAGCACAGUACAGGUUCGGCCGCGGAUGGGCACCAGAAAGACCUACAGGUUCGGCCGCCAAAUGACGAGUCAAUGCUAAAGGGCUGGUGGGUGUUGGUGAUUCAAGAUAAGUGGAGGAUCAGUCGGAAGAGGGCGGGGUACAAAAAGGGAAUCGCCGGCGCCCAGAGAAAGGAAAAGGAUCAGUGGGUCAGAAUCCAUGGAGCUUCCAUCGGAAGAUCAGCAUUCGAAACACUGGCCAAGAAAUCGAUCAGCGUUUUGAACUCAUCGAGCCGUUGGGAUGUUUGGAAACAACAAGCCGGCGGCAAUUGUACGACGUUCCGCCCGCAACAGACCACCAGCUAUCCAAACAGUAUCUGAAAUGGCAAGGCAUACGACAGACGCGGAGAAAACUCUGUAUCGCGUGGGCGGAUUGCCGCAUGAUGCAGAUGCGGCAAGUCCAAGACGAAUCAAGGUGCCGCUCCAAUGCAGCCGUUGAUCUCUUCGGAUCAAUUGGGGUAUUCCGCGUGCACCUAACGCGCCUAGGGAUGCGGUUGUCCGCACCUAGUCAUUGGGCUGCCUCUCAGGGCUGAAGCACGAAUGUGGCAGUGCUGUCGGAAGGGAGGGACAACGGUCAAAUACUACCUUGGCAUGUUCCGUUGCAUCUACAAAUAUUGCAACAGCGUUUUAACGUUUUACCGGCGGCCCUAAGCGACAUGGAAUCUUGUCUGUGAGCGGACUCGCACUUGUGGUGGCCAAUCAACCAUUGCCUUCUGAUCCAGGGUUCAGGUGGAAGGGGAGGCCCAUUCCCCGACAAACCUGAAAUGCACAUGGCGAAAUGAGUUUGACGAUGGAUGAAAAGCAGGCGAUGGCACAAAUGAGAAGACGCAGGCCUGGGGCCAUGCGUCUGUGGAUGCGCUACUUUCUGACUGGGCUUGGGAUCCCUGCCGACAACCCAGUCACGGAUGAGCUACACGACUGCCGGAGUUUGGUAAUGGAAUGGAGAUGCAUACAAGAGGAGAUUCAUGGCAGAAAAAGCCCAGGCGUUGUCUUCAGAGGUUAGCACUUCAGCUAAUGCUCACCAACAAGCGAGCGAGGAUGUCGGCAAGUGAAAUGGGGAGGACAAAGGCUUCACUUCGUAUACAUAUUAGCUGGCACAGCUUGAUGCUGAUGUCGCAUGCAUCAUCUUAUGGGUCACGGUACAAAAAGGUUCAAUCAUGGUAACGGUCACGGUUCAUCGGCGCGGCAUUGGGACACAUGGCAUUGCUUAUUAUUUGAGAUUUCUGGUUAGGGACAUAUCAGACUCGGUCAUGUAGAUAUAAAGUAGUCUGACAAGAUAAAAAUUGCAGCUCGAAUUCUUAAUACCUCAGUUGUCUCUGCC